UCCCCGCACUUGGAUCCCCUAACGUACCGUCAAUUCGAGUUGCAUUCCACAGUGAAGCGCAAGCGACUCCCGACUGUUUAAUUGUCUCCUGUCUCAUUCUCCGAUAAAAGUGAAAAAACCACCAGAUUUCUUCGUGGUCCCCUUUCCCCAGUGCACCCACAGUCUCGCUACAAUUAUUAACCCCCUGUUUAUUGUGUCCGACGUCAGUGAGAAAAUAUUCACAACUGUUGUCAAACAAAACAAAUAAUCGGGUACCUCACGAUCGAAAAUCGUUUACGUUUCCAACCUGAUGCCAGGCUGGGUCUUCGCAGGGUUGCCAGGUUUGUCCUAAAGGUGAACGUAAACCCAUUGUGCCCCGUGAGGGAAGAAAAAAAAACGUGACAAGAUAUUGAAAUCGUUCAGGAGCUAACGAUAAAUUGUGAGAGUGAUUUUAAGAGGAAAAAUUGUGCAAUUUCUCGUCAAUUCUAAUGAAAAAUCUGUGAUUUGUGGAGAUUAAGGGAAUCAUCAUUGUGACCAGUUGAUUUGUGUAACAGAAGAUGAAACGAAGACGGAAUAGAUGACUCGAUUUAAUUUAUACCGACGUGAGAAACAACGAAGUGGUUUUUCUCCUAUUUUUGUGAGAACAAUUGAGCUUGAGACAAUGGGAAGGUACCGGUGGAACAGUUCCUAUUGGUCUGUCGUGUGAACGUACGUUGGGCCCAGAUUGUUUGUAAUUUAUUUUAAUAUUUAAAGGGGAAUUGUGAGUGAGGGGUGAUCAAAUCAGUGGGAAAAUGGGAUUUAGAAUGAGAUUCACCACGCUACUGGGGAUUUUUGUUACGGUACAUCUACUAGCGACUACGGGGACCGCCACAGAGUCUUUGCAAGAGCCACGCUUUGUACAGCAGCCGUCCGGGGUCAGCAACAUCCUGAUUGAGAAUCGAACAAAGAUUUUACAAUGUCAAGCUCGAGGAUAUCCACAGCCCAAGUAUCGAUGGUUCAAGGAUGGAGUUGCAUUGAGCAACGAGCUGACGUCCGAGUCCUUCUGGAGGAUUCAGAGCCCCAAGAGGAAAGACGCUGGUGUGUACUACUGCGUUGCCACCAACGAUGUUGGCUCGGUUUUCAGCGAACGUGUCAGAUUCUCGGUUGCUUACAUGGGCAUUUUUGAAGAUCCAACAGAAAAGAAGGUGGUGAACGUUCAAUACGGGGAAGCAGCGGUUCUCGAGCUUCCAGAGAUCGAGAGCUACCCAUCCCCGGACGUCACCUGGUUAACGCCAGACGGUCCCAUUCCCUUCGACAUAAAGUACGCCAUGAGGGAGAAAAAACUUCUGAUUCUGAAUGCCAACGAGAGGGACGAGGGCUCCUACCGGGCGAAAGCGAUGAACACCCAAAUCGAUAAGGAGGAGUACUCUCCCUCUUUCCAGUUGAAAGUAGAAGGUGACAACAGCGUUGAGAUGCCACCAACCAUCGUUGUCGAGCCCAAAGACACGAAGAUAAUCAAGGAUCAGUCGGUGACCUAUCUCGACUGCAUUGCCAACGCUCGAUCCCUUCACGAGCUGAAGAUACUUUGGACGAAGGACGGUGUGCCAAUCGAGAAUGCGAGAAUAUCCUAUGGAUUCAGCGAUCUGUGGAACAGAACUCUCGAGCUCAUAUUUGCUAACUCCACUUACUCCGGCCUUUACACAUGUCAUGUCCAUCUCAGAAGUGGUGGCUAUCCCACUAUCAAUGCUAGUGCACAGGUCGACGUUCUGGAGAAGCCAAUGUUUGUCAAUAAAUUGAAGAGAGAGACACACGGAGAGUACGGAUCCGCCGUGAAGAUUGCUUGCGAUGUCGUCGGGGUGCCAAGGCCCAAGAUCGAGUGGUUCCAUAAUGCAGAAUCUGUUCAGGGACUCCUAGGGUCUAGGUUUCACAUGGACGAUGACGGAUCACUACUUAUAAAAAGGCUGACCAUGGAAUACGCGGGUAUACUCCAGUGUUUGGCGUCGAACGAUGCGGGCGAGGUCUCGAGUUACACUUGGCUCAAGGUCAAAAGCAAGAACAGAAAGAGGGUAGUCCGUCGGGCAGCUGGCUACAGGGUAGUCAGGGUGCGACAAUCUGAUCGACGCUUUGAAUUCACACAAUACCCAGAGACAUCAACUCCAAUCUUGGAGACCAGCCCUCGAAACCUGACAGUCCUAGAUGGGAAGGACGCGAUGAUAGUGUGUCGUGCAGUGGGUGCUCCAAUUCCGAACACUACCUGGAUCCUCAACGAUACUAUACCCGUGGAAAUAGCAGGUAGGGUUCAGCUUCUAGAGACAGGUGAUCUCUCAAUUUCUGCAGUCAAGUUGAAGGACGCCGGGAAGUAUACAUGCAUUCGUUCGAACGACGCUGGUUCGGUUAAUGGCUCUGGGUACUUGUCAGUUCACGUUAGAACUCAGAUAAUCCGUCCCCCCAGUGACACCUCAGUACUCCUCGGCCACACAGCCGAGCUCCAAUGCAAAGUAUCAAACGAUCCAAGCGUUCCUUACGACAUUGACUGGUUCCACAACUCUCAGUUGAUGAACACUAGGGCCAGUCCAAGAGUCAAAAUGCGCGAUGAUGGUGCCCUUGAGAUAAUAGCAGUUCGUGCAUCUGACGUGGGGGAAUACACAUGUUCCGUCAUCUCUCCGGGUGGUAAUGAGACUCGAAGCGCUCGUCUCAGUGUCAUAGAACUCCCCUUUGCCCCCAUAAACAUCAUCGCGGAGAGAAUCGAAAGGAUAUCCCUGCGUGCGAUAAAUAUUUCUUGGGUCCCAGGCUUUGACGGUAACAGCCCCACCAAGAAAUUCGUGGUGGAGAGGCGAGUGGUCCCGGAGAUGGGGCCCAUCGCUGAAACCCUAUCGAAUUGGGUGGUGGAGAACGACAAUGUAUCGGCGCAGGUCAGGUGGUGCCUGCUAACGGAUUUGAAAGCAGCGGCUGCUUAUCAAUUUCGAGUGACGGCUGUUAAUUUGGUCGGUGAGGGUCCACCGUCAGAGCCGAGUAAUAUCGUCACCCUUCCGCAGGAACCACCGUCCGGACCGCCCGUCGGUCUCGUUGGCUCAGCACGAUCUGACUCGGAAAUCAUCACCCAGUGGCAGCCACCCCUCGAGGAACAUCGGAACGGUCACAUCCUCGGGUACAUUCUGAGAUAUCGUUUGCAUGGGUAUUACAAUCAGAGCCCUUGGAUAAUUCAUAACAUCACUAAUGAAGCGCAGAAAAAUUAUCUUAUCUCGGAUCUUAUCACUUGGAAAGAUUACAUAGUUCAAAUUGCUGCGUACAAUGAUAAGGGAGUAGGCGUUUUCACGGAGGGUUUGAUUAUUAAAACUAAGGAAGGUGUGCCCGAGGCACCUCCAACUAAUGUUCGAGUUGAGGCGGUUAAUUCAACGUCAAUAGGCGUCUGGUGGAAGCCACCAAAUCCUCAGAAGAUCAACGGCAUCAAUCAGGGGUAUAAGAUUCAAGCCUGGACCGGUGGAAACUUCACAGAGAGCAAUGAAUACAAAUUCCUGAAGGUUCCACCGAGUCUUUUUGAUCCUCUUGCUGAACAAAAUGCUGUUAUCAGUGGUCUUAAGAAAUACACCGUCUACAACAUCACUGUUCUCUGCUUCACGGAUCCUGGAGACGGUCAACGCUCCAGUCCAAUCGAAGUCAGGACCAGUGAGGAUGUGCCCGGAGAAGUGGAGAACCUUCAAUUCGAUGAUAUCAGUGAUCGAGCUCUGACUGUCAAGUGGAGUCCACCGUCAGAGAUUAAUGGUGUACUCACCAGCUAUCAGCUGAAGUAUCAGAUUAAAGAUAAUGUUGAUUCCCUCCGAGUUCUCAAUUUCAGUUCUGAUACGUUAUCGUGUAAAGUGGAGCGCCUCCAGCCAACAACUCACUACCGAUUUGAAGUGAUAGCCUGGACGUCAAAGGGGUCAAGUAAACCAAGAGUCGCGACGAUACAGUCUGGGGUGGAGCCAGUGCUGCCGGAGCCGCCCUUGAAACUGGCUCUCUCCAAUAUCGAUGCUUUCUCAGUUGUCUUGCAGUUCACCCCUGGCUUCGAUGGGAACUCCUCGAUCAUCGCUUGGACGGUGCAGGCACAGACCAGACGAAACACCACCUGGUACAACAUCUACGAGGUAUCUGAUCCCGACGCAUCGACAAUAACCGUUGGAGGAUUGAUCCCCUUCAUGCAGUACAAAUUGAGAUUGAUUGCUAAUAAUGUAGUGGGUGCAUCGAAACCCUCGGAACCGACGAAGGAAUUCCAGACAAUCCAGGCACCUCCAUCCCACCCCCCAAGGAACGUAACCGUUCGGGCCAUGAGUGCAACUGAACUCAGGGUCCGUUGGAUACCCCUUCAGCAGGUCGAGUGGUAUGGAAAUCCCCGGGGAUACAACGUAACCUAUACUGAGGUCAGGACUAACAAAUCUAAGAGCAUUGCCAUUGAGGAUCACACAGCUAAUUCAUACGUCCUGGACGGCAUGGAAGAGUUUGCGCUUUAUGAGAUCGUCAUGCAGGCUUACAACGACGUGGGCUCGUCGCCGUCGAGCCCCAAAGCUGUGGAGAGAACAAGGGAGGCGGUACCCUCGGUUGGGCCAUCCAAUGUAGAGGCUAAUGCUACCUCUUCCACGACUAUUCUUGUCAAAUGGGGAGAGGUGCCGGUGGUGCAUCAGAAUGGUCAGAUCGAGGGGUACAAGGUGUACUACGGAGCGAGCGGAUCGUCCUUUCAGUACAAGAACAUCCCCAAGAAUACAACCUUCACGACCACACUCACGGAACUGAGAAAGUUCGUUCAGUAUCACAUUCAGGUGUUGGCGUAUACAAGACUGGGAGACGGAGCCCUCAGCAUUCCUCCAGUGAGGGUACAGACAUUCGAGGAUGUCCCGGGACCGCCGUCAAACGUCUCAUUUCCCGACGUCAGCUUCAGCACAGCUAGGAUUAUCUGGGACACUCCGGAGGACCCCAACGGUGAGAUUCUCGCGUACAAAGUUCUCUUUCAUCUGAACAACAGUCAAGAAAGACAGUUCUCGAAGGAGUUCCCAGCGUCGGACAGAACAUUCCAGGCUAAUGGUCUCGAGUCGGAAAAGUACUACAUGUUCUCGGUGGCAGCGCAGACCAGGUUAGGCUGGGGUAAGACCGCUUCUGGACUGGUUCUGACGACUAAUAACAGAGAGAGACCACAGCCGCCCUCGAUACCGCAGGUCAGCCGGUCGCAGGUCCAGAGCAGGCAGAUCACCUUUUCGUGGACACCUGGACCCGAUGGCUUUGCACCACUGCGUUAUUACACGGUGCAGAAGAGUGAGAACUCUGGCCCUUUUCAGACCAUUCCUGAGAGGGUCGACCCCACUCUCAUGUCAUACACUGCUAAUGAUUUGAAACCAUUUGCGUAUUAUCAGUUUAGAAUUCAGGCGACUAAUGAUAUUGGACCUUCAGUGUGGAGUGCUGAAUCCGUUCAGGUGCAGACCCUGCCAGCUGCACCUGCUAGAGGUGUAUCUGGUCUCAGGGUCGUGCCAAUCACGACUACAAGCAUCGAAGUCCAUUGGGACGUCAUUGAAGAAGUUCACUGGAGUGGAGAUCAUGAGACUGGUGGCUAUCGGGUUGUCUACCAACCGGUCUCCGAUUUCCCGACAGCUCUCGAAGCAACUCCAAAGCAGGAGAUCCUGGGGAUCAAGCAGACCAGGAUGAUCCUCAGCGAUCUGAUGGAGGAUCGCAAUUACGAGAUCGUCGUUCUUCCUUUCAAUUCUGAGGGGGAUGGCCCAGCCAGCCCUCCUGUCACCGUUUACGUCGGGGAGGCAGUUCCCACGGGUGAGCCUCAGAGUGUCAAAGCUGAACCCAUCUCCGGGACUGAAGUGACACUCCAGUGGAAGCCACCACUCGCCAACAUGCAGAAUGGAGAUCUCUUGGGCUACAAGAUAUUUUAUCUUGUGACUGAUUCCCCUCAGCCAUUGGAGAAGAAACAAGAGGAGGAGAUGGAGGUCGUUCCUGCUUCCUAUCUCACACACAAUCUCGUGUUCCUGGAUAAAUACACUGAGUACAGGAUUCAGGUGCUGGCGUUUAAUCCCGCUGGUGAUGGGCCUCGAUCACCACCGAUAACUGUGAGGACUAAGCAGGAUUUACCUGGUACACCGAUCAAUCUCCGCUUCUCGGAGAUUACUAUGACGAGUAUGAGGGUCUCUUGGGAUCCCCCCAAGAUGAGGAAUGGGGAGAUUGUGGGGUACAUUGUGACGUAUGAGACUGCUGAACAGAAUGACAAGUUUAGUAAGCAGGUGAAGCAGAAGGUGACUGAGACGAGUCUGCUUGUUCAGCCUCUGGAGGAGGAAGUUAUGUACACAUUUAUGGUUCGUGCAUUGACCAUUGAUUUUGGACCACCGAUAUCGGGUAAUGUGACGACCGGGCCACAAGACGGGUCACCCAUGGCACCGACCAAACUCAGUGUCACCAAGACUCCGGUGUCCAGUGUCGAUAUGCAGUGGGUCAAUGGUGCCUCUGGAAAAGGACCCAUUCUCGGCUACUACAUCGAGACACGACGAAAAGACGACACAAGAUGGCAGACAAUAGUGAAGACAAGCAACGGUCCCCUGAACGACUACUCCGUGUCGUACCAAAACCUUCUCCCAUCGACGUCAUACCUCUUCCGGGUGAUUUCCUACAACCGAUACGGGAUAAGCUAUCCCGCCUACUCCUCAGCAACAGUGGUAACACCCUCGAAGCUCUACUUCGAGUACGCCUACCUCCAGUACCAGCCCUUCUACAGGCAGACGUGGUUCAUGGUGACCCUGGCAGCCACAUCAAUUAUCAUUAUCAUCAUGGUGGUGGCAGUGCUUUGUGUGAAGAGCAAGAGUGACAAGUACAAACAGGAGGCGCAGAAGACCCUCGAGGAGUCGAUGGCUAUGGACAUCGAUGAUAGACAGGCCUCGGAUCUCUCACUGUACAGGACCAGACCAUCUGGAGGGCUUAGUAUCGGUGGUGCUUGUGGUACACUGGGGAAGAGGAACACUCUUGGUAGAAAAUCAAUGCAUCCACCACCACCUCCAAUGCAUGGAAAAUCACCACCCAGACCCUCACCUGCAUCAGUUGCUUAUCACAGUGAUGAGGAGAGUUUGAAGGGAUAUGACGAGAACCCUGAUGACUCCAGUGUCACUGAAAAACCCUCCGAAAUCAGCUCUACUGACUCUCAGGGCUCGGAAAGUGAGAACGAGAGCGUGCAAUCAGAUCCCCACUCCUUCGUGAACCACUACGCCAAUGUCAACGACUCCCUCCGCCAGUCCUGGAAGCGCCAGAAGCCAGUGCGAAACUACUCGUCUUACACGGACUCCGAGCCAGAGGGUAGUGCGGUUGUAAGUCUGAAUGGCGGACAGAUAAUCAUGAACAAUAUGGCAAGAUCUAGAGCCCCAUUACCCGGAUUCUCAUCGUUCGUAUGAUAAUUCCGCGGAUGAGAAUAAAUCGUUAUUAUUGUGAUAUACAACUUUAACAUUAUACAAUUUAUUAAUUUAUAGUCGAUUCACUCGUCCAGAUCUCCGUAGUUUAUGAUGAGGAGGAGAUUACUUAAGCAAUACUAGAGGGGAAUAUGAAACAUUAGAAAAGGUGACUAUUUAGGUGAAAGAUUUUUGAGGAUUAUGUGAUCCUCAAGAGCAGCUGACUCCGUUAAAAGUAAAGAAAAACAUCGUGAAAAUCUUUUUCGUUGUUUUUAGUGGAAGUCAAAUGCUCACCAGGGUCAGAAAAUUAAUUCUCCCACCUUUUCUCUGUUCUCGUCCAGAGGUCAUUUGACCCUCAAUUCAAAGAUACUUUAAUUAUCUUAAAGAGUCGUUUUUUCUGUAGUUUCAUUUUGCCCAUCUUCUCUUAGGUAGAAUGUAUUUUGAGGUAUCCUGGAGCUUUCAAAUAUUCAUUAAUCGAUAUCAUUCAUAUCCACUCGUGAGAUUCUUAUGAAGUUAUCAUAUUUAUCGCCUGUGCCACUCCCUUAUUUUUAUUUUUUAUUUUAUUAUGAAGAUGAGAUUUUUCCUGGAGUCAGAAAAAAAUGGUUUUGCUGGGGAAUCACCUUCUUGGGAUAAGAAUUUAAUUUUUUUUUAAUUUAUUUCUCGAGGCAAGUGAUACCCAAUCAAUUAUCCAAUUCAUUAAUUGAGUAAUUAAAAAUAAAUUUAUCUCCCAACAGAAUGAUCCUUUAGCAAAUGUUUUUCGUCAGUGUUCGCCAUCCUUUGUAAAUGUAACUUUCACUCAUGCGUACACCCUGUAAUAUCGAAAAAAAAACCAUAUCGUUGUACUCAGUACGUAAGAAACUUUUUUGUAAAGAAUAUUAGGAAGAGUUAAUAAUCGAGUGUCUGUAAAUAUUACCAACACACUUGACUGAAGAUUUAAUUUUUAUUAUUCAAUUGGUUCCUCUUGACGACGGGGAUAUUUAAUUGUAGGGACAUUGUCUGUCGUGCCGUGAGAAAUUUCGAUGACAAGAUCUGCUUUUUGCAACCGAGAAAUUUUUAUUCAUUAAUUUUCUUAAUUUUUGUUUAUCUACGAAGUUCUUAAAAUGAAGUGCAGGAACCAAUCGACAAAUAAAUUGAAUUAAAUUUAUAAUAAAAAAAUUUUUGUGGUGAAAUUUUCUCAAAAUAUCUCGGAAAUUUACAAAAAACCCAAAAAUCUAUAUUGAACUGGUUUUUGUAGAUAUCUCUAAAUAAAGUAACAAUCCGGACAAUCCAGUCAGACAUUUUGUUAUGCAAAAAAUAAGUUUGAACGGGAAUUCUGUGUUAUAACAAAAUUUUAAAGUCACUUUGAAGUUUCUUAAUUGUAGUCUGAUCUUUCUCGUAUAUUUUUUCAAAAAUAUUAUUAAAUCAUGUGGUUAAUGAAUUUUGAUACCGAUAUUUGAGUUGGGAUAGGGAAAUUGUAAUAUUUUUUUCUUUAAAUCGGCGAAACAUUGGGUUACAAUUUUCAUCCCAUCACCGUGUGACAGACAUGUUUCCCAAAAAUAGUUAAUAAACCAAGAAUUUUAGGACCAAUAUACUCGGGAGGGUAGGAAAAAGGCUGAAUCUACAAAUUCGUAUUAAUAACCCUGAAUGCUACAAUCAGGGCGCUCUCACUGCCCACCACGAGACAAUUUCUGAGUUUAAUUUUUUUUCUAUUUAUAUGUAAAACUAGGAGAAUCUACUUAUCAAUCAAUAAGUAACUUUAAGAAAUGUUUUUUCCUUUCGUACAUGUUAUUACCUUUAAUAAAAACAAUUUAUUAAAUUUGUAUCAAUA